UUUUUAACAAACCUUCACUUAACAAGGGGGGAGGUUCUGACUUGUCGAGGCGAGCUAUGUGAAGAGUUAUGCUUUUAUAAUUUAUGUUAAAUAUUAUCUGCGGUCUGUUUUCUUUUGAUUUUACCCUUUGAAAAUAUAAAAUUGAACAGAUAAGACGUCAAAGCGAGACAAAUGGACUGGGACGAUAGAUACGAACAGCUUACGAAAUACAAGGCUAAAUUUGAUAAAUAUUCGUUUUAUUUUAAAUUAAAAGAAAUCCUAACUGACAAACCAGAUUUGCUUCGUAAUAAGACUAUUCUUAAUUUGCAAGGGGGUUCAGGUUGGAUUGCAUUAUACUGUGCUCUUGUGGGAGGUGCUUCUAAAGUGUACACCGUGGAGAACUCUGAAGCAAUGGUUCAGAUAAUUAAAGGGUGUUCAGUUGAAAAUGGUGUUAAAGACAAAGUGCAGGUUUUAAAAGGAAAUGUAAAGGAUAUUGUCAUACCUGAACCAGUGGAUGGAAUUAUUUUUGACUGGACGACAUUCAGUGUUUUUAAUGACAGUUUUCAUGAAGACAUAAUCGCAGCAAGAUCUUACAUGAAAAAUGGUGGAUUCAUCAUCCCAGAAUCAUGUGAAAUAUAUGCAGGGCUAUGUCAGCUGACGACUUGCAUCGAUUUUUUGAAUGCGAAAGGCAUUACAAUGAAAUCAGUGGAACAAAUUUACAGAGACAAGUGUAGCAAUAAAUUAUUUAACACAGGCGUUAAAUCUAAAAGGUUUAAUUCAAACGUACAAAAAUUAGUGGAAAUAAAUUUUUACAAUUCAACAAAAGAUGAGUUGGACAGUGUCAAGCAUGAAUUAUUAUUUGUUGCCAACGACUCAGGGAUAGUUGAUGGAAUCAGCAUUUGGUGUUCUUUUGGGCUGUCUGGUGUCACUAAUAAACCCUUGGAAAAUACAGAUAUUAAUCCUUCUUGGGCGGAUUCGAGUGAAACAUCAAUUAUUUUUUCAAACCAGCUAGAAGUAGAAAAAGAUGAGCCUGUUUGUUUCGAUCUUACAUUCGUAAAAGAGAAUGCUGGAAAUUACAAGAUAAAACUUGAAAAUAUUGAGCCAGAUGAAAUUGAACACCCUGUUGGAUGCAAUUGUUACAUGACGAAAUGCAUGGUGUUAUCUGCCUGUCUUUCAAAUCCUGCCUUCAAUUAUGAUGAUUCAGAUUAAAUUCAUACGUCUGAUUUGUAAGAUAACAAACCUUGUAUUAAAUUACAUGUAUAAUUAAGUAAGCAUAAUAGGUUGAAGUAUUGUUCUAUCAUUGUUAAGGAAGAUUUGUUAUCAGGUCCCAGUUGAAUUUAUAAAAUUAUAUUUUAUAUCAUUGCUGAGAAGUUUCAUUCUGUUAUGUUGUACAUAUAAAUGAUUAUCAAUUGUAAUUAUGAUUGUGUGUGUUGUCUACAGAUAACAGUUUAUCUGGCACGAGUUGUACUUUGUCAAAACAUAAUUUUGGUAAUAUAUUUUAUUAAAAAAUAAAUUUAUACAAAUGC